UAAAAACGUCGUCUCCUCCUCGGCUCUUCAGCGCUCCUCUCCAUUUUUCUCCUCCUCCCGUUUUUGCGUUUAGGCCCCUGGGGAAGCAGGGAUUUCGGCCCCGGUCCCUCUCCCCAGGCUCUCCCGCCUCGCAGCUCCGAUCGAGGCUGCAGCGUCGGUUGCAGGCAUGGGAAAUCAGUGCCAAAAUGGGACCUAUGGGAACAAGUACAACAAUUACAACGGAUAUCAGAAUGAGUGUUUGGCUUCAAGGUACGGUGAUGGGGACGAUACUGAGGGUUGCUUCUCGGGGUCAUCUAGGUCCAGUGUCGCAGAUCUUAUGCAGCAAGGACUGAGACGAACGUUAACAUCCAUCUCCGUCCUUGGUCAAAAGACUCCUAAUGUAACAGAGCAUUAUACCCUUGGCCGGAAACUUGGAGAUGGUAAAUAUGGGACAACCCACCUCUGCACUGAGAUCAGCACUGGGUGUCAGUAUGCAUGCAAGUCCAUCCUGAAGAAGAAGUUUAUCAACAUGCAAGAUAUCGAGGAUGUGCGCCGUGAGAUCCAGAUAAUGCACUAUCUUUCAGGCCAAAAGAAUAUAGUCACCAUCAAGGAUGCAUAUGAGGAUGCAGAGGCUGUGCACAUCGUCAUGGAGCUCUGUGAAGGUGGUGAGCUAUAUCACCGGAUUAUGAAGGGGAAUUACAGUGAGCAGAAGGCUGCAGAGCUUAUGAGAAUUAUUGUUGGAAUCAUAGAGAACUGCCAUUCACUUGGGGUGAUGCACCGGGAUCUCAAGCCUGAAAACUUCCUCUUACAGGAUAAAGAUGAUGACUUGUCGAUAAAAGUAAUCGACUUUGGUCUCUCUGUGUUCUUCAAACCAGGAGAGGUUUUCACUGAAGUAGUGGGAAGCCCAUAUUACAUAGCUCCAGAGGUACUGCAGAACCAUUAUGGACCGGAGGCUGACAUAUGGACAGCUGGAGUGAUACUCUAUGUAUUGCUAAGUGGAGUGCCACCAUUUUGGGCAGAUACACUGAGAGGAGUAUAUGAAAAAAUUCAGGAUGGCAAUUUUGAUUUAGAAUCAGAACAGUGGCAGAAGAUAUCGGACAGCGCAAAGGAUCUUAUAAGAAAAAUGCUCUGCCCUUGUCCGUCAGAGCGAUUAAAAGCCCAUGAAGUUCUAAAGCAUCCCUGGAUAUGUGAUAAUGGAGUGGCUACUGAUCAAACUCGAGAUCCAACUGUUUCUCAUCUCAACAAGUUAUCUGCAACAAAUAAGUUAAAGAAAUUAGCUCGACUGGUUAUUGCCGAGCAUCUUUCAGAGCAGGAGACUGCUUGGUUAAGAGAAAUGUUCGAGGCAAUGGACACCGAAAAUAGAGGUGUGAUUACUUUAGGUGAGCUUAAAGAAGGGUUGAGAAGAUGCUGCUCAGUGUUUAAGCGUACUGAAAUCAGUGAUUUAAUGGAUGCGCCUGAUAGCAACAACACCAUCAGUAUCAAUUGGGAGGAGUUUAUUGCUGCCACAGUACCCCUUGGUAAAAUAGAACACAAGGAGCACUCGAUGCCUCCCUUUACAUACUUUGACAAAGAUGGAAGUGGUUAUAUCACCGUCGACAAGCUUCAAAAGCCUCAAGUGGAACAAAACAUGGAAGAUGCUUUCCUUGAAGAGAUAAUUUUGGAGGUUAAUCAAAACAAUGAUGGCCAGACCAACUAUUCUGAGUUUGUCACAAUGAUGCAAAGCAACAACUCUGGACUUGGGUGGCAAACAAUGGAAAGCGGCUUGAAUGUACCCCUGAGGGAGGCACCUGAAGUUUACUGAUGUUCCUGUCUCGCAAAGAUAUCGUUCUCUUCAGCUCUUCAUGGGGUUCCUCACUACCCUUAAGGAGAAGAGAACACAGUCUGAAUAGUCAAGCAGUGGUCGAAGACUGGCUAAUACUCUAUAACAUAAUCUGGUAGUAGUAUAGGCGUGUGUUCUAUGAGAACAAAUCUGUGGUCGUCAUAUAUGUAUCAGCGAUUGGUUUGUUUGGUUGCUACCCUGCUAUAUAAAAAUAGAUUUAAUAGUGUAUAAGAAAUGUGCCCUUCAGCUUCAUUGCUGCGGUCAA